AUGGCUGGCCGUGUGCUGUUGGUGUGUGCCCUCUGCGCGCUGUGCUGCGGCGGCGGUGUCGGUGCGUGGGGUGGCGGCUACUGCACGGAGAGUGACUGGAGGGACUUGAGGGCGGUCGCGAGGGACAUGAGCGAGGCGGAGAUUGAGGGGCAGUACUGCGGCCGCAAGCCGGAGUUUGUGCAGCGGCUGCGGGCGAGUCUGCAGGGAGAGACUGAGGAACGUCAGGAUGGGAAGGCAAACACUGUCACCGAUACCGACGAAAAAGCUCAACAAGAAACGCAAAAUGAGCAGCGUAGUACGGGCGCACCUGGAGUAUCACAAACUGAUGGCGCACAUUCAAAAAGGGGGGGAGACUCGGGGAGGGGACAGUCGUUGGAGUUGAAGCAAGUUUCACCACCAGGGAAGGACGGUGCAGGAAGCACUUCCCAGUCAGGCGGCAGCACAAGCCCAACCGAAGAUGGAGCAACGCGUACGGACAAAACAGUCUCCCUCCCGGUGCCAGCAUCACAACCAGCGACUCAGUCAGCUGAAGGACAAAAAAGGGAUGUUGGCGAGCCUACAACGUCGGUGUCUUCUCCACCAACGAAGGAAAAUAUGAACGUGGGAGGAAGUGGUGAAAGGAAGGAAAAACCGAAGGGAAUUGCGGCAGAACAACAACAAAAAGCAGCAGCUUCUCCACCGUCUCCGCCUGCAACACCAAACGCACCAACACCGCCGACCGGGCAGUCAGGGGAGGCCGAAGAGAAAACGACGUCGGCCGACGGUCAAUCAAAGGCGAAUGAGGGGAAAGGAGGAGAAGCGCGAGUUGAGGACGUCACACAAAACACUCAAACGACAGUUGUUGGGGGCCACGCGGGGGCAACUCAACAAAAUUCCCCUGCGGUUGGUGGCGGUGCUGCCAGCGGUGAGGCUGAAAGGCGCGCGGUGGACGAUGCAGCGAAAGGCGGUGUGGAGGGAACAACAGCAGCGCCAGCCACCAUCAGCGUUGGCACUAAUGCGGCGAAGCCGGUGCCCGGCGACAGUGACGGCGGCAGCGCGGCCUCGCACUGCACCUCCCCCGUUGCGCUUCUUCUGCUUCUUGCGUGUGCGGUGGCUGCUGCGAUGGCGGCGGCGUGA